AUGGCUCCCAUCGACAUUCCCAGCUUUGCUGACAAGCAGCUAAAGCUUUUAGCUGCAGAGUUGAAUGCAGAGCUCGAAGAGACUGCUCUGCUCACCGCCACCCAUGCUCCGUCCACUCUCGCACGCGCCGGCCUGGCUGUCUUGAACCUCUCUGUCAGCGCUCAGCGCACAGGUCUGGGUGGUAAAUCUCUAAUUGAGCUUUGUCUGGACCCCGCCAUUGCCGGUACCGAAACUCAGCUUCCCGAACAUGGAUUACGCGUGGGCGAUAUCGUUGGUGUUUCAGAGCAGCCAAAGGGUGCAGAGAAGAAGAAAGAGCGUCAGGACAUGGAGAAGAAACAGAUACAAGGCGUUGUUGUCAAAGUCUUGAGAGAGAUUAUUGUUGUUGCUCUGGACAAGGACGAGAUUGACAUUCCUGGCGGGAAACUUUGGCUGUUCGUCAAUUCUACAAUCAUGUUUUGGAGAAGAAUGCUGUUGGCUGAUAGGUGGUGUGUCUCCGUAGUGUUAAACUUGCAAACGACGUUACAUACAAGAGGUAUAAUAGUGCUUUCUACAACCUUGACUUUCAAGACUAACCCAUGGCCAGGNAUGAAUCAGACCAUGACAAAAUUGCUGGAGAUGCCCGAGAGUGAACACUCCACACUCAUGCGCGUUCUGUUCGGUCAGUCCUCCGCAGUAUCAGUCCAGCCUAGAGACAUGGCAGAGGAGCUAGACUGGUUGGAUCCUUCUCUGAACGACUCGCAGAAGNNGGAAGCCAUCAAGUUCGCUCUAGCUUCGCCUGAAGUUGCCUUGAUUCACGGACCUCCAGGAACAGGAAAGACUCACACGUUGAUCGAGUUGAUACGCCAGUGUCUCAAGAAAGGUCUUCGACUCUUGGUCUGCGGACCCAGCAACAUCUCGGUCGACAACAUUGUCGAGAGGUUAUCACCACAUAAAGUGCCUAUGGUCAGACUCGGCCAUCCAGCUCGCUUGUUGCCAGGAGUGUUGAACCACAGUCUCGAUAUCUUGACGCGUACGAGCGAUGCCGCCGCCCUGGUCAAGGAUAUUCGCAACGAGAUGGACGCCAAACAAGCAAGUAUACGCAAAACAAGAAACGGCAGAGAACGCAAGGCCAUUUAUGGAGAAAUCAAAGAGCUACGCAAAGAUUAUCGACAGCGUGAAGCUUCUUGUGUAAACAGUCUGGUCCGAGAGAGUAAAGUCGUCCUUGCGACACUGCACGGUGCUGGUGGAUUUCACUUGAANAAUCAAGAGUUCGACAUUGUCAUUGUCGAUGAGGCCAGUCAGGCUUUGGAGGCACAGUGCUGGGUGCCUCUGCUGAGCAGUGGUGCAAGCAAGUUGAUCCUCGCUGGAGAUCAUCUCCAAUUACCACCUACCAUAAAAAGCUCGAAUUCGAAGUCAACCAANAAGAACCCGAAAACAGGGCAGGGCGAUGUCAGUUUAGAGACCACGCUCUUCGAUCGCAUGCUUGACCUCUACGGAGACGAUGUCAAGCGCAUGCUGACCAUCCAGUAUCGCAUGCAUGAAAAGAUUAACGCUUUCCCGUCAGCAGCACUAUAUGAAUCAAAGCUCAUGGCGGCGGAAAGUGUCAAGGCAAGAUUGUUGAAAGACCUACCCUACGAUGUUGAGGAGACUGAGGAUACAAUCGAGCCUGUAGUCUUCUGGGAUACACAGGGAGGCGAGUUUCAUGAGAAGACUGAUGACGACGACGAACCGAAGUCGAAGAGCAGUCUACUAGGAGAGAGUAAGAGCAACGAACUCGAAGCAGCUAUCGUCAAGAAGCAUGUACAGAGCUUGGUCGAUGCUGGCGUUAAAGCAGAAGACAUCGCUGUCGUCACACCGUACAAUGGCCAGCUUGCUGUCUUGUCACAAUUGCUUAAAGAGAGGUUUGUUGGCAUCGAGCUCGGAAGUAUCGAUGGAUUCCAAGGCAGAGAGAAGGAAGCUGUGGUAGUCAGCCUUGUGCGCAGCAAUGCAGAGCACGAGGUCGGCUUCCUCGCCGAAAAGCGAAGACUCAACGUGGCCAUGACUCGACCGAAGCGACAUCUCUGUAUAGUUGGCGAUUCCGAGACGGUAGGCCGUGGCAGCAAAUUUCUCAAGAGCUGGAUGGAGUUCCUCGAAGAGAACGCAGACCUGCGCUAUCCGGAUCUAGACGACGUGCUUCGCGACGAGUAA